UGCUUCCAACAUUCAUCGGAGAAAUAAUGGUGACAACAACAGCCGUGGGAGUGGCAGUGAGGGCGUUGUUGAUGGUAUUGUUUUGUGUGAUGGUAGUUGCGUUUGCUUACCUAUUCGCCAUUGAUGGUUUUAUUUCUUGUUUCAACUUUGGAGACAGGUGGGGGAUAGCAAUUCUGAUGGAGUUUUCCGUAUAUCCUGCUGUUAUAGGCGCAUGGGUUUUCUACAAGGAAUCAAGUUGGAUCCAGGCAGCUAUUUUCGCCGUAUCAAUGUAUGUUCUAGGAAGCCUUCUUAGCGUUGGAUACGUCCUUGUACAGUUCUUCAAGUUAUCACGUGAAGAAUCUUCAACAAAUCCGUUAUAUUUUGUGUUAGUGAGACGUCAUAAAAGGGAACACACCUCGGGGAUUUCUGUUGUAACUGCAAGAGUAAUGUUUUCUACACUAGCAUGUUUGACACUGGGAGCUUUGAUUUACACGCUUAUUAAAGAUAUAUCUGGAUCCUAUGCUGAAUCAUUCUCAAAGUGCUUCUUAACAAACAUGACUGACCUCUAUGUCCAUGCUGUGAUGUUAUCGGUGUGGAUAGCGUACAAAGAAUCAAGUUGGAUAAUAGCUUCCUUGUGGAUAAUCCUACAUCUAUGUUUUGGGAGCAUUACUCUAUGUGUAUACGUAGUUUGGCAAUUGUUCUGCCUAUUGCCCGAUCAGCCUGCUUCUCUUAUCAUAUUCAAUGGCAAUGACAUACAUUUGCAGCGAAGUGACCCUCUACUCAUGUCACAUGCCAAUGUGCAAGUAUAGUUCGCUAACUAUAAAUUGUUUGUUUAAUAAUAAUCUUUUGUUUUCUUAUUUCUUUUCAUAGUUCGCUACGUAUAAAUUGUUUGUUUAAUAAUAAACUUUGGUUUUCUUA